AUGAGAGGCUCUGUCCAGAGGAGCUCCCAGGACAGCAGCCUGGCUGUCAACUGGCACAUCUUCAGGAGGUACAGCCAGUACCUCAUCAACAUUCCCCAGAAGACCCUUCAACACAUCCCUCGGUUGAGGUCUGCUCGAUGAAUCUGGGUGCCUAGAGGGUGCAAAAAGCAUAACGAGACCAGCUUC